CCAGAGCAAGAUGGCCGACACGGCGGCUACGGCCGGGGCCGGCAGCUCCGGAACGAGAUCAGGAAGUAAGCAGUCCACUAACCCGGCUGAUAACUACCAUCUGGCCCGGAGGCGAACUCUGCAAGUGGUGGUGAGCUCCUUGCUGACAGAGGCGGGGUUCGAGAGCGCCGAGAAAGCGUCGGUGGAAACCUUGACAGAGAUGCUGCAGAGUUACAUCUCGGAAAUCGGAAGGAGCGCCAAGUCGUACUGUGAGCACACGGCGCGCACCCAGCCCACGCUGUCGGACAUCGUGGUCACCCUGGUUGAGAUGGGUUUCAACGUGGACACUCUGCCUGCUUACGCAAAACGGUCUCAGCGGAUGGUGAUCACUGCCCCUCCAGUGACCAACCAGCCGGUGACCCCCAAGGCCCUCACUGCAGGCCAGAACCGGCCCCACCCGCCGCACAUCCCCAGCCACUUUCCUGAGUUCCCCGACCCCCACACCUACAUCAAGACGCCGACGUACCGGGAGCCCGUGUCCGACUACCAGGUCCUGCGGGAGAAGGCCGCGUCCCAGCGCCGGGACGUGGAGCGCGCGCUCACCCGCUUCAUGGCCAAGACCGGGGAGACCCAGAGCCUCUUCAAGGAUGACGUCAGCACCUUCCCACUGAUCGCUGCCCGGCCCUUCACCAUCCCCUACCUGACGGCCCUGCUUCCGUCCGAGCUGGAGAUGCAGCAGAUGGAAGAGACGGAUUCCUCGGAACAGGACGAACAGACAGACACGGAGAACCUCCCCCUGCAUAUCAGCACGGAGGAUUCUGGAGCUGAGAAGGAGAACACCUCAGUCCUGCAGCAGAACCCCUCUUUGGCGGGGACCCGGAACGGGGAGGAGAACGUCAUCGAUAACCCCUACCUGCGCCCUGUGAAGAAACCCAAGAUCCGCAGGAAGAAGUCCCUCUCAUGAGCCUCGGAGAGAGCCUGCCUGGGCGGGAAGAGAAAGGGCCUCUGGCAUCACUGGCAGGCGGCCGGGGUGCGCCUGGUCAGGACUUUAAAGCUGACCCGUCUCCCGACAGCCCCGUCUCCCCUGGAGG